AUGACCGACAAACCCGUCAUCGUCGCCGCCCUCUACCAUUUCGCCCGGCUCGACACGUACCGGGAGCUGCAAAAGCCGCUGGCGGAGCUGUGCUGCAAGGCCGGCCUGAAGGGCACGCUGCUGCUCGCCUCCGAGGGCAUCAACGGCACCGUCGCCGGCCCGCGCGCGGGCAUCGACGCGAUGCUCGCCUUCCUGCGCGCCCGGCCCGAACUGGCAGGCCUCGAACACAAGGAGAGCUUCGCCGACACCAUGCCCUUCUACCGUCUCAAGGUGCGGCUGAAGAAGGAAAUCGUCACCAUGGGCGUGCCGGGCACCGACCCGACCAGGAUCGUCGGCACCUAUGUCGCGCCCGAGGACUGGAACGAUCUGAUCGCCGACCCGGACACGAUCGUCGUCGACACGCGCAACGAUUACGAGGUGAAGAUCGGCACGUUCGAAAACGCGGUGAAUCCGGAAACCGCCACCUUCCGCGAAUUCCCCGACUGGGUGCGCCGCAACGAAAAUGCGCUGCGCGGCAAGAAGAUCGCCAUGUUCUGCACUGGCGGCAUACGCUGCGAAAAGGCCACCGCCUUCGUCAAAUCGCUCGGCCACGACGACGUCUUCCACCUCAAGGGCGGCAUCCUGAAAUAUCUCGAAACGGUGCCCGAAGCGCAAAGUGCGUGGCGCGGCGAAUGUUUCGUCUUCGACGAGCGCGUCUCGGUCGGCCAGGGCCUCGCGCAGGGCACCCACAGAUUGUGCCGCGCCUGCGGCGCUCCGCUGUCGCCCGAGGAUCUGCGUUCGCCCGAUUACCGGGCCGGCGUCCAGUGCGGCCAUUGCGCCGGCACGAUGAGCGAAGCGGACCGCGCCCGCUUCGAAGAACGCCAGCGGCAGGUGGAACUGGCCCGCGAACGCGGCACACGGCAUAUCGGCGACGGAAGCCAGCCCGGUGACCGUUGA